AUGGCCACACCACAGCCGUCGAACAAGAAAGCAGUACAGCACAGCGCAUCACGCAGGACAAAACGAGGGGACAAUGGCCUCGUGUUUGUGGUGCCGCAUGCCGCGCUGAUUGGCCCUCGAGUGUCUCUCCUUCUCUCCGCCUCGCUCGCUCGUCCCGCAUUCACGAAGACGGGAGAGCCGCCAGGAGGGUGGGGCGAAGAAGAACAGGACCAAGACGCGAGAGAGGAGGACCCAGCAGACGAAGACGAGGGAGACCAGAGCGGAGAGGAGGACGAAGGAGAGGCGCAGAGCGAGAACGAGGACGACGAAGAGUAA